AUGCAGGUUUUUCUGGGAGCCCUAGCCACUUCGAUUCCUGGAUCAGCUUCAUUCACAGUUCCUGCAGCCUUCCCAACUUCGGUGUUCUCAAGCUACUAUGUGAAACCUGGGCCAACCAUAGAGCCGCAGCCUGCUCUGUAUGAUCCUAUACUGAACAAAACCUUCGCCUUUAAUGUCACCGACCCACUGUCAAUACAAAGCCAUAGCGCGGAUCCGGUGUAUUUCCCUGCUGCUCUGGCAAACUUAUCCGAAGCGAGCGCCGAGGCAGUCAUCACAGCAGCUUCAGGUGAAAUAUUGACAAUCUUAACGGCGAAUCACACUGCGUUGGCCUCAAACUGCUCAAGAUGUGUCGCUGCGCUCACUAUUGCACAGAUGGCGGCCAAACUGGCGCCAAGCUACUUGCCCGAUGCCAUGGUUUCGCUGUGCAAGGCCACCAGGUUUGCAUCAAACUCUAGCUGCCAGUCAACAUAUGAGGCAGGAAGCUUCGGGGCAACUUGGACACAGAUCCUGUCCAUCGCCGAGGUGGCAGGUCUAGAUGGACAGUAUAUCUGUGCUUAUUUGGGAGCAUACUGCCCAUCCCCCAACGUCACAUCGACAUUCAAGGCCGUCUUCCCGAAGCCAAAACCCUUGAAUGCAACGAGACCCAGUCAAAGUGGGCAGAAGGUAAAGGUGCUUCACAUGUCCGACUUACACCUGGAUCCUAGGUAUGAAGCAGGGUCAGAGGGAAACUGUACGUCAAGCAUGUGUUGCCGCCACGCCGCAGCCCCAGCCAACAGUACCACUGCCCAGGUUCAGAUGCCUGCACCUCUCUAUGGCUACUAUAAGUGUGAUUCGCCCUAUUAUCUAGCAUUGGCUGCUCUUCAGUCAAUAGGCCCUCUAACGGGGACUUCGAAAGAAAACCCGGCGGCAUUUGCCCUAUACACUGGUGAUCUAGUUGCGCACGACUCCCAAAACCAACGCUCGAGAGACUAUGUUGAGGACAUUGAGCUAUCCAUAUGGCACAUGUUCAAGUCUUACAUAGGAGGGCCUGUUUAUGCUGCGCUGGGGAACCACGACACAAACCCUGACAAUCUUGACGUGCCACACGGCAUUGAUGACAACGGACCGCUGGGACAGCAGCUCUCAUGGAACUAUGAGCACGUUUCCUCGCUUUGGGAGCACUAUGGAUGGAUAGACAACGCAACAGCUGCCGAAGCCGCGACACACUACGCUGCAUACUCGGUCGUGCACCCGUUAGGUUUGCGCGUCAUCACCCUCAACACAGAUCUCUACUAUCGGAACAACCACUUCGCAUUACUGCACGCAUCAAACCCGGACUUCAGCGGCAUGUUCAGCUUCCUGAUUAGCGAGCUUCAGAAAGCUGAGGACCUCGGCCAGCGAGUCUGGAUUGUUGGGCAUGUGCUGUCAGGUUGGGAUGGAUCCAACCCGCUUCCCAAUGGCUCAGAAUUGUUCUAUCAGAUCAUAGAGCGCUAUUCCCCCCACGUCGUUGCCGCAGUCUUUUUCGGCCACACGCACGAGGACCAAGCAUUCGUGUACUAUGCUAACAAUGGAACGAAUGCAUCGGCCGAGACGGCCAUAGCGAAUGCCUGGGUUGGGCCAAGUCUCACACCUCUUACGAACUUGAACUCCGGGUACCGCCUUUACGAAGUUGACACUGGGUCUUGGGACAUAUACGACGCCUAUACGUUCUAUGCCGAUGUAUCCUCGUUUUCGGAAAUCGACACCACUCAGACUGGACCUGUGUUCCAACUCGAGUACAGCACGCGAGCUGCGUACGGCGCUGGUGCUAAAUGGCCAGACGACGCGCCCCUAAACGCUACCUUCUGGCAUCAAGUCACAGAGGCCAUGGAGCGCAAUCGGACACUAGUGAGUGUGUUCAACGGUUUCAGGGGAAGAGCAGUAUCAGAAGCCCAAAUUGCACUAGCGAAGCGUGCGCCGCAGCCAAGGUGUGUUAUAUGCGAAGCGGAUCUGUUGCCUUAG